UGUAGCAGGAAGUUGGAAUGUUGGGAGAGCCGGAAGAGGAGUUGUAAGGAAUAAAAGCUGCAGCGUUUUCCAUCGGACAGAGGGUGCCGGGCUAACUUCGACACUAUUUUAUUGUCAUUUAUUUUAACUGAACUUCACCGGGUCAGAAUCUGCAGAUAAAAUGUGGCGAGCAGCAGCCGGGCAGUCCGUCUCUGUCGACGUUGACGAUGGUGGAGAUGAUUGGGAAACGGAUCCAGACUUUGAGAAUGACGUGACGGAGAAGGAACAGCGCUGGGGUGCCAAGACAGUGGCCGGGUCAGGACAUCAGGAACACAUCAACAUCCAUGCCCUGCGGCAGAAUGUGUCGUCAGAGCACAGCUCUCUGAAGCAGCAGGAGCUGGAGACCAUGCCUAAGGCCUCCCAUGGGUACGGGGGCAAGUUUGGGGUGCAGCAGGACCGCAUGGACAAGUCUGCCGUAGGCCAUGAGUAUCAGAGCAAACUGUCCAAGCACUGCUCCCAGACGGACACGUCUAAAGGCUUCGGGGGCAAGUUUGGAGUUCAGGCCGACCGAGUGGACCAGUCGGCGGUUGGAUUCGAGUACGCUGGAAAGACUGAGAAACAUGCUUCACAAAAAGAUUAUGCUACGGGGUUUGGGGGCCGGUACGGGGUCCAAGCCGACCGCGUUGACCAGAGCGCAGUAGGCUUCGAUUACCAGGGCAAAACCGAAAAACACGAGUCCCAGAAAGAUUACACCAAAGGCUUCGGGGGGAAAUUCGGUGUGGAAACGGACAAGGUGGACAAGAGCGCUGUGGGCUUCGAGUACCAGGGGAAAACGGAAAAGCACGAAUCUCAGAAAGAUUAUGUGAAGGGCUUUGGAGGGAAGUUCGGAGUCCAGACAGACAGGCAGGAUAAGUCGGCCAUGGGCUGGGAUCACCAGGAGAAACUCCAGCUCCACGAGUCUCAGAAAGAUUAUAAGCGGGGUUUCGGAGGGAAGUACGGGGUAGACUUGGAGAAGCAGGACAAAUGUGCACUUGGCUUUGAGUACAAGGAGAAACUGGCCAAGCACGAGUCCCAGCAAGACUACGCCAAAGGUUUUGGCGGGAAAUUUGGCAUCCAGAAAGACCGAAUGGACAAGAGUGCAGGCACUUUUGAAGAGGUUGAGAAGCCGAGCCCAGCCUAUCAGAAAACCAAGCCCGUUGAAGCAGCUGGUAGCAGCACGGGGAGCAUCAAGGCCCGCUUUGAGAACAUCGCCAAGCAGAAGGAGGAGGAAGACCGCCAGCGGGCCGGGGAGGAGCGCGUCCGUCGCCAGGCCAAGGAGAAGGAGGAGCAGGAGGCGGCACGCAGGAAGAUUGAGGAGCAGGCUAAAGCCCGGCCCCCCUCACCUGAGCCAAGCCCUGAACCGGCUGCAGAGCCCCCACAGCAGGACAGGCCCGCCAGCCCCCUGUACGAGGACGCCGGCCAGUACGAGGAGCCCACCUACGAGGCUGCGCUGGAGAACGGGUCCCAGGAGGUUCAGCAGGAGGUUCAGCAGGAGGUUCAGCAGGAGGUGCAGCAGGAGGCCCGCGGCCCCGAGGAGGCGCUGGUGCCUCAGGAGCCUCAGGAGCCACAGGAGCUCCAGGAGCCUCAGGAGGAGCCCCUCUACCAGGACGCCGAUCAGGAGCCCCCGGCCCAAGGAGAGGGCAAGGCUGAUGCGGAGGACUUUGGUGUGACGGCUGUGGCCCUGUAUGAUUACCAGGCCGCCGGGGAGGACGAGAUCUCUUUUGACCCGGAUGACAUCAUCACCAACAUCGAGAUGAUUGACGAGGGCUGGUGGAGGGGCGUGUGCAAAGGGGCCUACGGGCUCUUCCCUGCAAACUAUGUGGAGGUCAGGCAGUGAAUCCUCCUGCACCCCAACACUGCCGACCCUGCCUUACUGCCCUCUGCACACAAGUGCGUGCACACACAAACACACACACACACACACACACACACACACACACACACACAUUCUGGAGUGGGGAUGCGUUCUUGUCCUCUAUACACACACACACACACACACACACACACACACACACACACACACACACACACAUUGUGGAGUGGAGAUGCGUUCCUGUCUGAUUUGGCUUUAUUAGAGUGAAACGCUUGCAGUGGCGAUUCCUCUCUGAGAGAAUCAGUCGGGGAGGUUCCUUAACAAGCAAUGGAAUACCUAAAUAUUUCCCAUAUGAUUUAGUUUUUUAUGUUUUUGUAAAUGGUUUAUACCUGAAAAUAUUAAACUCCUCCCCCUCCAAGGUAUUAAUCAGGCAUUAAAACCUUGUUGCUUAUAGGCUAGUUCUGAGUUUAGGACCAAAGACAAGUGCAAUCUGUGCGCUAUGAACACAUGGAGCCACGAACACGUCACACAGAGCUGUAGGACUGUUGUGCUGCUGAGAGUAGCCCGCUGCUUGCUUUCGUUCUCAUGUCCUGUUGGCACACUGCAUCAUGGGAUAUCAUUUAUGCCUGCGGAUUGCCUUAGCUCCAGUUUUAUUGCUGCACACCUGGGAGUGCGAAACGCUGAUUGUUGUUUGAAGACCGAAAAGUCAAAGGAGAAAAAGGACUUUCAGUUGAAGAUGAUAUCAUGCAUUUUAUUUCAGAGCUGCCUCUCAUACUUUUAGAGCAGUUUAAUCUAGGUUAAGGGGUCUGUAAUCUAUUGCAAAGUUAUUAGUCAAAGCAGUACAUACUAGUAUCAAAUUAAGGGCACUUUAUUGUAACUUCAACAUUAAGUUAAAAAAUAUGUAUACGACUAGGUUACAAAUGCAGUGGACAUUACACAUGAAAUGUCAUUUUUGGCGGCUGAACAGCUUGACGUGACCCCUUACAACACUGGUUAAGAAUAUCAUCAGAGUGUUUGGUUAAUUGAAAUAUUACACACGUUUUAUGAUGGGUGUUCAAAAAAUGUAUAUUAAGAAAAUUAACAAAAAAUCCUGUUAAGAUGAAAUGUGUAUAUUUGUUUAUGGGCAUGCCAUGCUGAUUGUUUCAUCUUCUAUGGGAAAUUUGCUAAUUUGGGCCAUUUCGUUUUUAUUUUUACCACCAAUACAGUAAGUGAAUAAGACAUGACAAGUUAAUAGUGCAUUGAUUAUUUUAAGAGGUUUUGGAUGAAGACAAUCUGUGAAAUCUCACCUAGUUUUUCCCCUCACAACCUAAUUGUAUUAUUGUUAUCUCGGCAGAGAAGUUUCAGUGUUUAAUAAUUGAUUGGGGUUUUGGGUUUUAUAAUAAAGUUACCUUUUCAGAAA